UUUAGAUUCAUAAUAAGCCCUCUGAAAUGUCAGGAGGCCAAUCGAUUAUUCCGAUCAGCCGAUAAGCCAAAAUGCUAAUCGCACGAAGUGACCAUAUUACAAGUACAAGGAUAACCAUCCAGUUGACCAUAUUACCAGUUUAUUAAUACUUGACUCUGGUUGACGCUUCAAUGUUCAAUGUUGAAAAUAUUGUUGUCAUAGAAACAAUGGUUAAAUAAAAACAAUUUUACCCAUUUUUGUGCCUAAAUUUUUUGAACAAUCAAAGUUGAUAUUAUUUCAUUUUCUUAAUCAGUUAUGAAAUUACUAGACUUAAUUUCCCUUCGAUUCAUAGCUUUGAUCGGACAUCUUGUACUAUUGAUUGACAAUCUGUGGAAUCAUGAUGGUUCAACCAGAAGUUGUCUUCGUUGGGAUAAUUCAAUUGCAUCGUAUAACAAAAAAGAUGUCGAGUUCACAAUUAGCUUGUCAAUUUCAAUUUUCUUAACCCUUAUUGAAACCAUUAAUUUUAUGAUUGGAGUCUCAAUGUUUUGUCCUAUGCAAUGUUUACUCUCCUUAACCGCUCAUGGAUCAGGAGCUUUUAUCUUAUUUUAUUACAUGAUGCAUGUUUGGGAAUGUUCACUCUCUUGGUGGAUCCUUGCAUUGACAACUCUUUUACCCGCUUUAACCGAGAUAGUUAUUGUAAUUAGAGCUCUAAUUAGUAAAGUGAUUUAAUAAACUAUUAA